AUGACUGGCAAGUAUGCCACUCCAGCAACUAACGAGUUAGGAAUUCAAAUUAGAACCUUGUGCCCAUUGAAAGAUGUGAAGUCAUGGCUGGAUCUUGAUGAGACUACAAAAGCUGUCGACAAGUUUCAAAUUGGAAACGAUUUCCACAAUGACUUACAAGCACAAGAGAUUGUGAAUAAGAAGGCUCAUGGGUUGUACAAAGAUUGGAGGUACACCUUGAAGCAAGAGUUCGAAUUGUUAGAGGGACUUCCACGUGAUGACAUCUAUGCUCAUCCGCCCGUAGGGGUGAGUUUAGAUAAUUGGAAGCAUUUGAUCGAUGUGGCAUGGCAAGAUGCAUCUCACCAGAAACGGUCUAAAGCUGGCAAGAGUAAUAGGAGUCAAUUGCCGUACAAUCAUACCAAUGGGUCUCGCUCAUUUCCUAUCGCAAUGGCUACUAUGGUAGCAAAAAAUAGAGAGUUGGAUUUCCCAAAGUUCUAUGAGGACAGCCACACUUCAAAGAAAACGAAUGAUCGGAUCCAUCCGAAAUAUCGUGAGUUGCAUCAAGAGAUAGUCAAUGUACAAGCGGCUGCCAUCGAGUCGGGGACGCCAUUGACACAGGAGGAGAUUUCAAUGCAAGUUCUUGGACAGAAGAAAAGGUACUUGCUUGGAUUUGGGAGUGGCCCACAACCCUCUACCAUAUUUGCAUCACAAGCACACGAUAAGGACAUGGAGGAAAUGCGAGCUGAGGUGGAGGCACUUCGUGAGGAGCGGCAAAAAGAUCAUGACGAGUUAAUAAAAGAGCGAGAGGAGCGCGAGAGAUGUUACAAUGAACUGUUGAAAGAGCGAGAGAAGCGCAUUCAAUUAUCCAAUGAGAUGUUGAAAGAGCAGGAGGAGGGACAAAAGGCAAGGGAUGAGACAAAUGCAAAGGUCGAGCAUCUUAAUAACGUAGUCGCCAAACUGUCACAACUCUUGGGAAUCUAAGUUGGGCAUCCGACGUUUGCUUUUUGGUAAGAACAAUUUCAUUAAUGUCACACUUACUUUGUUUAAAUAUGUUCGCUUUAAGAGUUGAAAAUGUCAUCAAUUUGGGAGUUAGGGUUGAAAAUGUCACAAACAUAGUCGAAAAAAGGCGUUCGGGGGCCGAAAAUGCAAAACAACCCCCAAGCCACUAUUUUUUCGUAACGGGAAGCUUUCCGGUGAUAAAUGUGACAUGUAGGGACAGACGGUAUGUAAGUAGGACACAUAAAUUAGGAGUUAGGGUUGAUAAUGUCAUAAACUUAGUCAAAAAAAGGGGUUCGGAGGGCGAAAAUGCAAAACUGCCCCCGAGCAACUGUUUUUUCGUAACGGGAAACUUCGCGGUGAUAAAUGUGACAUGUAGGGACAUAUGGUACAAAAAUAGGACACCUACGUUGUGAGUUAGAGUUGAAAAUGUCAUAAAUUUGUUUCUUAAUUGCCAACCCUGUAAUUAUGCUGUAAUGCCAUCUUAUCCAACAACUUAAAACCUUAUUUAUUUAUUUUUUUUGUGUGUGUUAAUUGGUUCAUUUAUCUAUUUAUAUUUGCCAUGCUUGGUUUAUUUAUAAAUUGGAUUAAAUCAUAAAUUAAGCAC